AUGGUGAAGUUCUCCGAGAACCGCAAUCGGGGAUAUGAAGAUACGAAUGGGACCCAGAUUAUCAAAAAUUUAACUGAAUAUGGUCUCGAUGAAAAGGUGGCAUCUAAACUGGAUGAAAUCUACAAAACCGGCAAGCUAGUCCACCGAGAUCUGGACGAACGUGCCCUGGACGCUCUCAAAGAGUUCCACGUUGAUGGCGCUCUCAACGUGCUCGGCCAAUUUCUCGAUUCCAACCUGGAGCACGUAUCCAACAAGUCGGCCUACCUUUGCGGCGUUAUGAAAACAUAUAGACAAAAAAGUAGAGCGGGGUCAAGUCAGGGCUCAACGGCGCCCGCACCAGUGCCAGCAAAAGGUCCAGAUGAAGAGAAAAUUAAACAAAUUUUGGAUAGGACAGGAUAUACGUUAGAUGUAACUACAGGCCAAAGAAAAUACGGGGGUCCGCCUCCCGGAUGGGACGGCAGUACCCCCGGCUCGGGGUGCGAGGUGUUCUGCGGCAAAAUUCCUAAAGACAUGUACGAGGACGAGCUGAUACCCCUGUUCGAGCAGUGCGGCCCCAUCUGGGACCUGCGGCUCAUGAUGGACCCGAUGACCGGCACGAACCGGGGCUACGCCUUCGUUACGUUCACCACGAGGGAGGCGGCUCAAGUGGCCGUGCAAAAGCGGCUCUGACAACGGAGCUCACAAACUGACUAUCCUUGUAGCUUCUUCUACUACUUCUCUUCAUCUCUCCUGCACACUGUUUUUUUUUUAAAUCUAUUCGACAAAUGUGAAAAACUAUGAUUUUCGAUUCAUUUUUGAACUACUUUCUCUUUCGGAUAGUACUUGAGCCCAAAGGGCGGAGCUUAUUGAAGCAUUUAAGCACGCCCACUUUCCAAAUUGACAGUAUUGUCUUCAAAAAUUAUUUAAAAUUUAAGGUCUCCUCUUUGCAUGACGGCAGCAGCCAUGAGGCGGCAGAUUUUGGAGUAGAUGGUGGCCUUUAGCUGUUACUUUUGUUUCUCAAGCGUACUG